GUUUGAUUAGUUUGCCAUUGGUAGAACAUAUGCUUGAUGACCCUUAAAAUUCCAAUUUCAACCAAUGCUUUCUCAUCUUUUCUAAGCCCUUUAUAAAUCCCCAAAACUGUUGGGUAUUUUCUCUCAAACCCAAUCCAACCCCAACUUUUCAACCAAAAAAGCAAAAACAAUUUCAAGGUAGAGCAAAACCAAGAUAGAAAAACUGAAAAAGAGUUUACAGAGAAAAAAACUUUACAGGUAGAGGGAGAGAGAGAGAAAGAUAGAGAGAAAAGAGAAAGAGAAAAGAAAGUGUUGCACAACAAAACAAAACAUAGCAAAUAAGCAACCUCAUUCCUUGUCAAGCCUUGUUUUUCACUCUUUCCAUCUUUUCCUUCCUCUCUUUCUUUCUUUCUCACCCAAACCCACCACAAAAACAAAAACUUUUUUUUUUUUUUUUUUUUUCUGUUUAGGAAGUGGUGGUGAAGAAGAAGAAGAAAGAAGGUGGUGGUGGUAUUGGUGGUGUUUGAUACCGGCCCAUCAAUGGAAUUCAUGUCAAAACCUCAAGAGAAGGAAAACCCAUCUCCUACAAACUCUCCAAACAGCAAUGGAGGCACGAACAGUGUGAGCAGUAGCAACAGCAAUGGCGUCCAGAUUCCAACUCCUCCUCUCACACCAAAACCCACACCCAGAUCUGAUUCCAAUCCAUACCCAACAACCUUUGUUCAGGCAGACACUUCCAGCUUCAAACACGUUGUCCAAAUGCUCACCGGCUCAUCGGAAACCCUGAAGCAGACAUCCAAACCAACCGGACAUAGUCAUCAUCAGCAUCACCAUAAUCAUCAUCAUCAUCAACAAGAUCCACAAAAUUCGACCAAGAACUACAACAUACCUCCAAUCAGAACGGCACCGAAGAAACAGGGUUUCAAGCUGUAUGAAAGAAGGAACAACCUCAAGAACAACCUCAUGAUUAACACUUUGGUCCCCAAUUUUGGUCCGAAUAAUAAUAAUUCUGGGUUCUCCCCGCGCAAUAAGCCGGAGAUCUUGUCGCCGAGCAUUCUAGAUUUCCCAUCGCUGACUCUGAGCCCGGUGACGCCUUUGAACAACAACAACGAAGACCCAUUUGACAAGUCGUCGUCUUCGCCUUCGUUAGGCAAUUCGUCGUCGGAGGAAGAGAGAGCGAUCGCAGAAAAGGGAUUUUAUUUGCACCCAUCGCCGAGAACGACGACUCCGAGAGAAUCUCAACCACAGCUUUUGCCUCUGUUUCCUGUCACUUCGCCUAGAGUAUCUUCUGGGUCUUCUUCUUGAAAGAAAAAGAACAGAGUCAAGGAUGUAAUCGUGAGUGGUGAUCAAUUUGAGAGAGGAUAUGAUUGAUGGGUUUUUCGUUGAUUAUCAUUUGACAGGUAUAGAUCUUUUGCUCUAAUUGUACAAUUUGAUAUCUAUCUUCCAUUUAAAAAAAAAAAAAAAAAAACUGUGCUUUAAUUUUUUGUUUUUUUCUUUUUGUUUUAAUUUUUCUUCGGUUCCAAAUUUUAUAGCUCAAAAUCUCUGUAUUUAUAGAAUCUUAACAAAGGAAAAGAGACUCCUCUUUUUUUCUUUUU